AUGCUGCUCGAGAUACUGCUCCUCUUCGGCCAUUAUGGUCGUGUGCCGUUCGCCGCAGCCUCCAUCACGGUUCCCGUCGAUCCGGACGUCGACCCACUCCCGCUGUCCAUCGCCGGCACGGUGACAUCGGCGUCGGAGCUGCUUCGGCAGAGCUGCCCGGAGGAGUUCCCUCCACACACGCCGUACUCGCCAGAGCUGCUCAUGUCAUCCUUUGCCGACUUUGGCGCUGACAAUCAAGAUGCAUUCGCCAAUGGCACGAUCUAUGAGUCGUCGGACAGUCUCGUGAGAGGCGCCAUCGAAGCAUGGGGCCAGCACCAGAGCUUGAUCCUCCGGCCUGACGAGGUCUGGUUCGAGAUCCUGGCGCAGCUCAACUUCUACAUGACUGCGCAUGCCGAAGACGUACGACAUCUGUUUGUCGACCACGAGGGCAAAGAGGAGAUCCAGGUGUGGCGCCUGUCGUGGCGUGACGUGAUCGCGGCGUUUGGCGGCGAGAUCCAGAAGAGGGUCAAGACCGAAUGGCUGCUCGACUGGAUCAUGCCAGGCUUCACCACGAGCAGCGACAACGAUGGCCUCACGGCCACCGUGCUGAUGAUGGGCCUCAUGCAGCACUACUUUGAGUUCAGCGGCGGCAUCAUCUGCGGCCUUCCCGAGGUGACGCUGCUGGGCGAGAGGGACGACUGGGUGAAGCUGCUCGAGAAGCUGGACAGGCUGAAGGAGUGGGGAGAGGAGCCGGCAGACUAUGCCGAGCGGCUGCGCCCGAUCCUCACGCGCUUUGUCGGCACAUGGGACGCGCCAGACAGCGACGAGACUAAGGACUUCUGGAAGAACAUUGUGCGGUCGCAACGACUGGUUUCCUGUGGCGCAGGGCCCGCCGACUACAGCAUCUCCGGGUGGAUCACCGGGUUCCUGCACUGGACGGUCGAGGGCAACCUGCGCAUCUCGCGCGAGGCUGAAGAGGAGUUUGUGCCCUCGGACGGCGACGUGGUGCUCGACGGCGUCCCGUACUUUUCGACACCGCUCGACGACGUGCCCGUGGGCUACGCGAAGGCGCCGCUCAAGAUGCUGGACUACCCUCGUCAGGGGGGCGACUCGAUGGCGUAUCUGCUGGCGGGCAACGUCGGGGUGAGGAGACUGGCGGUGGCCUCAAGCGACACGCCGGGGCUGGAGCAGUGGAAGGUGACGGCGCAGCCGAUGAGCGCCUGGUUCCUGUUCGGACCGGUCAAUGCGAGC